ACACCCCAGUGAGGGGAUUAGCAUUCCAGGGGAAGCCCUAGCAGCCUUUGUCAAAGGAAGUGUGGCAUUGGCAAGGCACACAGGAGCUGCAGAUGCCAGCAAGGAUGCUGAAGAGGAAGUGCCUGAGAGGGCUCACAUGAUAGCAGAGGUGAGACACACCCUGCAAGUUCUCAGGACUAACUGGGGAGGGGAUUUAGGGGAGGGUUAGACCCUGUCUCAACACAUAUGCUAGCAGAAUAUAGGUCAUCAGUGUUAAUUUAUCUUUGCCAAUGGAUAUGUAAACCCGAGUUACAUAUGCAGCAAAGUGUAUGGAGGCCCCACAUGUGCCAACACUGGGCAAUGACUGGUGCUGCCGAGAUGGGUGUGGAGCAGGUUCCUCCUUAGCCCAAAGCUUUUGCUCUCUUCAGUGGAUGACCUCCAGCAUUUCUCUCACUCUCUUUGUUGCUAUCAUUUGUUGAUGCUUUGCCACGUAAUCCCUGAUGACUCUGGCAACUGCUCACAGGAAGCUUAUGUCUAGCUGAGAAGACAAAUAUAAUGUCUUUCCUUCCCAACCAGAUUGGGGGCUCACUGAGAGCAGGGACUAUUCUGUUUUGUUUGUCCAUAUAAAAGGCAAUGAAUAUGCCAGGGUACAGCAACUGCUGCCUGUAGUACCAGCUAGUCAGAGGUGGAGGCAGGAAGAUCUCGAGCCCAGGAGUUUGAGUCUAACCUGGACAACAUAGUGAGUUCCUCUCUCUAAAGAUACCCCCAAAACCAAAAAGGCAAUCAAUAGGUAUUGAUGACCGAAGCUUAUGGCAACAUGGAACCACACCAGAGGGAUAGGGAACACUGAAAACAGCAUGUCAGUGUCAGCCAAGAUAAGAAGGCUGUGUGGAAGUCAGUGAGACCGGAGUAGGGUGAUAUUGGGAGAAAAGCAGCUUCCCUCGAGGGAAGAGGGGCUCAGCUGGUUGUUGGAACUAAUACAAGUGAAAACUGAGCAAGAAUGCAGGGAUCAGGAGCACAGGCAAGGCUGGAGAGAUGGCAGGUCUCUGAAGACCUCUGGAACCAUGGGAAGCCACUGAAGGGUUUCGAGAAGGGGAUAGGAUCCUCCAAAUGCACAUUUGUAUCCUCAAAGAGAUCAUCGCAAAUCAUUUGUAGUGAUUGGGCUGGAGGACCAAAGGUGAAAGCACGGAGACAACUCACAGACAACGUGCAAGUUCCAGGAGAGAGAUGAUGGUGGCUGGAACAGGGUUAUGAUAAAGGGGAGAAGUGAAGGACGACUCCAGGUUUUUUGUCUGAACAACUGGUGGAUAAUGGUGGCAAUUACUAUUUAUAUAUAAACUUCUUCCGCGUGGGAAGGCAGCGACCAAGAGUAAAGCUUGGCCGGCUGUCUAGUCCACUGAGAAAUACCCGGCUGUUCCUCUUACAGACAUCAAAAAUGAUCAACCUUCUGCUUUAAUGUGAGAAAAGACAGCAUGAUUAUAAAUUAUAAAAAACGUAGUUACUUAAAAUGAUCGGGAGGUGUUCUAUUCCUCUACCACUGGGCAUUUCCAAGCGCGUGCCCCGGGGCCAGGUUCCGAGCGCGUAAGUAUCAAGACGCCGCCCAGCUGACACCUUCCCUCCCAGACGGAAUAGGAUACUCCGACCUCCGCCUUUUAGAUGCCACCAAGAGAAGUCAGCGAGAGCGUGGCGAGUCCAGGCCGGGUUUUCAAGCGCCAAGACGGAAGUAACAGCGAGCCGGAAGUUCCAGGGCCCGCCCUGGGAAAGAGGUGGGGGGGAACCGGAGAAAGACUACGGGUGGGAUGGCGGCUCAAAUCCCCAUCGUGGCCACCACUUCCACUCCCGGGAUAGUCCGGAACAGCAAGAAGAGGCCGGCUAGUCCUUCCCACAACGGCAGCAGUGGCGGCGGCUAUAGCGCCAGUAAGAAGAAAAAAACGUCCGCCUCUAGCUUUGCACAGGGUAUCGGCAUAGAUGCCAUGAGUGAGAAUAAAAUGGUAGCCUCUGACUUUAGCACCGGACCUGUGGAAAAAGCUGCCAAACCUUUGCCAUUUAAGGAUCCCAACUUUGUGCACUCUGGCCACGGUGGUGCGGUAGCUGGCAAGAAGAACAGAACCUGGAAGAACCUGAAACAAAUUCUCGCUUCCGAAAGGGCAUUGCCGUGGCAACUGAACGAUCCUAACUACUUUAGUAUUGAUGCUCCUCCAUCUUUUAAACCAGCCAAGAAGUAUUCUGAUGUUUCAGGUCUUCUUGUCCACGCUGCUUGUUGAUGGGUCCACGUGGGCAGCCUGGAUGGACGAUUGCACCAGAAAGCAGGAGGCCUGAGUUUCACUUCCUUUUCCUCUGCUAGUUAACUAUUAAUAUAUGAGAUAACAUGAAAGAAACCAACUAUGUAUUUCUUUCUUUACUGCUGAAGUUUUAAAAACCUGUGUUUUAGAUGAUGAUUGUACUUUAAAAAAAAUAUUUAAACUUUUCUAAAUAUGCAUAAAGAGGCAUUUUGGUCAAUGCAGUGACUUAUUUUUAACCAUUAGUACCCCUUUCCCAAAUGAAAUCUUUUAUAGAAUCCAACACAUAAAAAGCCUGGAGCCACCUGCCCACUGUGGUCCCAGGUGGAUCUGGUCCUCUGUCCCCUGCCCCACUGCCCACCACCACAGUUACCCUCAAGUGCUUCUGGGGAGCACAAUUUGGAAACUACUGGUGUGGCUGGACGAGUGGGAAGUAGGCAAGUUACUAAAGCUCCGGAACCUCAGAGCACCCCGUUUUCUUCUUUGCAGAAUGUGGAUACAGUGCAGAACCUGUAACACACUUUGAACUUACCUUCUUUUUUUUGAGACAGAGUCUUACUGUUGCCCAGGCUACAGUGCCAUGGCAUCAACCUAACUCACA